AUGUUCGAGUCCAUUAAAGGAAUGAAUGCUUUACAUUGUCUCGUCUUCGUCGCUGUAAUUGUUCACGUCCCGAUAUUCGUUUCAUGUCAAAAGUUAUUUGCAGUCAAGCACAAGCACAAUAUUGUGCCAAGAUUGAAACCUAAAACCAAAACUAAUAAAUCAAUAUUCAUCAUUAGUCUUGCGAAUGACUCGUUCAAAAAAGGGUUUGCUUAG